UCAAGAUGGCGAGCCCUGAUGAAGCAGGAAAUAGAUUUUGGUCUCAAUAAAACUUCUUUCCGAUACAAUUCGAAAAAGGAGAGACUUCUUCAAGAGGAUUGGCAAGACUAUUAUUCUCUAAAUGGCUGCGAGGAAGUCGGGAUCAGAUACCUACAACAACGGACCCAUCAGCUACCUUGAUGAUGUUCCAUUUAAGCUCAAUGACAAGUUCCGCUGUCCCGCCAAAGUGGGCCUUCCCAUCGGCUUCUGUCUGCCGGACUGCAGCACUCUGCUGGCCGACAUGCAGUAUGACUUCUCCCUGGAGAGGCGGACCGUGUCCUGGGGGGAGGAGCUUGCCCAAGCGCGUGCUGCAGAGGCAGAGGCAGCGGAGGCGGCAGCAGCAGCACGCAGUCAGGCGGAGCAGGAAGCCCAGGCCACUGCGGUCGCCGCUCAGGACUUCGACGGCGGGCUGGCCGGGGGCAAGCGAGCCCGCUCCUCAGAGGAGCAGGAGCCGCCGCUGCUGCCCCCGGCCAUGAACCCCGUCCUGGCCGGCCUGAGCCACAACGCCAUCCUCACGCCCCUGCCCGCCCCCAGUAUGGGCCCCUCAAACACCUCCACACACAGCCCCCCCUCCCACAGCCUCAACCUGGCCGACUUUGAGCGCGAGGAGGACCCUUUUGACAAGCUGGAGCUCAAGACACUGGACGACAAAGAGGAGCUGAGGAGCAUUCUUCAGGCCCAGCCACAAGCCCAGCCACAGACCCCCGCUGCCUCCACCCCACCCCCAACACACGCCCCAACCCCCAUCCCAACCUCAGUGCCCACGGCGGACCCACGUCGCAGCUGCACGCCCCCCCUGCAGUCUAAAGCAGGCCUCUACCACAAGCCCAACGGCCUGGUGGCGCUGCUGGACCUGGAGCGAGUGGCUGCCGGGGGCUUUGGAGCGGGCGGCCGCAUGGAUGCAGACAGGCCCUGCAAUAUCCGCUCGCUCACCUUCCCCAAGCUCUCCGACCCGGGAGACUCCCCGACGGACGCUGGGCCGCUUCACAGUAGUGGCUACUCGCCCGGACCCCCUUCGCGACCGCCAGUGCCCAACGGAAAUCCCCCAUCCUUGCAGAAGACUGUGCCAUCAUCGUUCUCUCAUAACACCCUCACACAGGAGCCAGCCACACACACGCACAACAAUGGCACAGCCAAACAGUGUGCGCCCGUGUCUGGGAUGGGCCCUGCUCCACUACCGUGCGGCGGUGCGCUGCUGAGUCUGUCCCCAGCGGAGCGUCAGUGUGUGGAGACCAUCGUGAGCAUGGGCUACUCCUACGAGGGCGUCCUGCGGGCCAUGCAGAGGCAGGGGCAGAACGUGGAGCAGGUGCUGGAUUACUUGUUUAUCCACACCAGGUUGUGUGAGCGGGGUUUCGAUGCCAGUGCUGUGGAGGAGUGUCUGGAGAUGUACCAGUGUUCAGAGGAGAAGGCUCUGGAGUUUCUACAGCUCAUGUCUCGCUUCAGAGAGAUGGGCUUCGAGCGGGACGCCAUCAAGGAGGUACUGCUGGUGCACAACAACGACCAGGACAAAGCCCUGGAGGACCUGAUGGCCCGCGCCACCACGGCUAGCUGAGCCCCCACCAGGCCAGCACACGCCACUUGCCCCCCCCAGCGCGCCCUGCUCUACUCUGCCACGCCACGCCGCGUUGCAAGGCUGCCACCCCAAACGCAAAGACAUUGAGAGACUGGUGGAAAGCAAAUGGUGGUGGUGGUGGUGGUGACAGAGUGUUGUGAGAAAGGGCUUUGGGUUGAGCCUUUUUGAUAUUUAGUUGUGUUGAUGGAGAGAAGACAACAUUUUGACAGAAUCCUCUGCUCCCACUGCUCCACAUUGGCCCUCUGCAAUGGUGGACUUGUAGUGAGGCCACCAUGAUGGCACUCGAGGUGGAUACUUAACUUGUGUUGCUCCUUGGAGAGGAUGUUGGAAAGGAAGAAGGGCAGUGACACCAGAGCACUUGGUCCGUCUGUCUAUUUUCUGUCUGUCUCUCUCUUUGUUCCUGUUCGUUAGCCGGCCUUGAUCACAGUGGGGAAGCGCAGGUGGCUGUUACAGACACUAGGGGGUGCUGUUGUAGUUUGGGAUGAAGGGUAAAGUGGUGACUGGUGAGGGCACCUUUACUUGGAGAUAAGAGACUCUGCCGUGAACCUUCUCAGCUAAAAAUGCUGCCAUCCUCUGCUACUGCUGCUGCUGCUGGUUUCUACGGCAUCCUGCAACCCAGACUGGAACUUACAGACUCGAAAAAACACACAUGCACAGACGUUACAAAAUCCGUACCUUUGUGCAAACACUUGUGACAUAACACAAAAAAACUUAGAUAAGUUUGAAAAAAAAGUGUCCUUUCUUGUUUUCUCCAACUUGUGGUUUCAGUGCAUCUUUCAGAGCACCAAGUUGUCUUUUGUUUUCUGGUGGUUGCUUGGUUUUCAUUCAAAUAAUAACUUAUUUUAGGAGUCACUUUCGAAGCGUCAUCUUUGCCCUAUGUUUUCUAAUAAAUCUUAUCAUCUGAAGUGCAAGACAGCAGACAACAGUCUACCAGUGCCCUCUGCUGGGUGUGGAAAUGAAAUGAACUGCAGAAGGCAUGCAGACAGAAAUGAUCAAAAGGGUUUAUAUAGGAAGCAAGGCCCCAGAGGAGGUGAUGACUGAAUAUCGGCACACUCAGUUGUUAAAGCGCCCUUUGUGAAUUCAGCGCAGAAAUAAGAUAAACACGCAAAAAUACUGACUCACAAAAGGAAUAUAUGUUUAUUUAAACAAAUAUGUACACUGACACUUUAAUAAAGAAAAGAAAGCGUUAUCAGAUGGAAGUGGUGGGGUAUACAUUUUUCUUUUUUUAUGGUGAAGCUGGGUGAUUUGCCACAGUUUUUCCCCUCUGCGUCCAACUCGACAUGUUUGUGAUGGGCAGAGACAGGUUUUGGGUACAUUUCUGCAAAGUAGCUUUUGGAAUGGUUUCUCACAUGUUUCUCGAUUCUUGAGCGUCCGUAUCUUCUGGUCAACUCGACACUGUGCUGACUGUAAAAAACACUGAUU